AUGACAGCCCGUCGAGAGCUGCUCUCUGACAUUCCCGACUUUAGCAUCUUCAAAGGCGCGACGCAAUGCACCACAAACCACAAGCCCGGGUCUACGCAGCAGCUUGAACUCGUGGGCGGGUUCAUGGUUUCGACGCUGAGACUGAAUAAAUCUGCGCAGAGAGGAUGUCCCUGGUGCGCCAUCUUUUGGGAAGCGUUCAAGCGGUCGGUUGGCACGAGUAAGCCCGAGGACCAGGAUUUUAUAUACUGGCGAUAUGACGGGGAGAGCUUCUUCGAGCCGUGGUGUACAGCGCAGUCUGCCCUGGGGAAAGCAGAGUUUAAGAUUCAAAUUUACACUGAUGAUCUUCCCGGUGCAACCAGCGUCCACAGUCAUUUCCCCUUCAAAAACUAUCUCAACGGCCAAACAGACACAGAGCAGACAAUGUCGCAGAUAGACUACUGGCGACAGCAGUGCUCGACCAACCACGCCCAAUGCUCUGGUAUUUCCUCGUGGGUCAAUCUUCCCACUCGCCUCGUCGAUGUAAGCAGUCUUGCAAAUAUAAGACUUGUAGAAACGAGCGGCCAGCAAGGGCAAUACGUAUGCCUUACACAUAGAUGGGGCGAUCAGGGGAUGCCGAUAAAGACGACAACCGGCACGCUGGAACAGCUCCAGCAAGGCAUCCCGUUGGAAUCACUGCCGCCGACGUUCCGGGACGCUGCUCUCGUGACGAGGAGGAUGGGCAGCAAAUACCUGUGGAUAGACUCGCUGUGCAUAAUCCAAGACGACGACGACGACUGGGAAAGAGAAUCGGCGCAAAUGUCGUCCAUCUACAAGAAUGGCAUACUCACCAUAGCAGCGGCAUGGGCAUCCGGCCCAAAGGAUGGCCUCUUCCAGACCGUUCCAUCCGUGGUCGUCGACAGCAGAAAUCUCGAGCUCACCAAGCAUAAGCUUCCGUUUCCAAUCAUGGUCCGCAGACAGUUACGAUACGCUGUCGGCCACUUACGACACAACGAAGAGCACGGCGUUCUGGAUCGAUUGUGGAUUCUGCAGGAGCGACUUCUUUCGCCGCGGAUUGUGUACUUCGGCUUCAACGAGGUGGCGUGGGAGUGCAUGGCCGGGUCGGCGUGUGAAUGCGAACCAAUGCUCGCGAGCUACAUUGCAAGCGAAUACUCUCCCCGCGAACCAUUCAACCCCAAGUCAGCAUACAGUCUUUCCACGUCGUCUCACCAAGGCGCCCAACCGGGUGUACAGUCCCCUGAGCUAUGGCACCACAUUGUCAAUGCCUACACUGGCCUCGACUUCACAGCCCGUAAAGACAAAUUCCCCGCAUUGGCAGGCUUAGGGUCCGAUAUUGCGAGAACACGCCCCGGGGAUGAGUACCUAGCUGGUCUAUGGCGCUCGACCUUCAUGACGGAUCUACUCUGGCGGAAACGCAAAAGAGGUGACUGGGAGGCCACUGCUUUCGGGAAACACUACGAUCUGAAUAACUGUUUUGGGAGCAGAGACGUAGGACGCGCAGAAUUCAACAACAAGAUUGCGAAACUGGAGAAGAAAGACCGAGAAAUUCGACUGCAAAAUGCGGAAAAGUUGGCGCCAUCGUGGUCGUGGGCGUCGAUCAACACGCAGGUCGAGUAUGAAAAGGAGUUGAAUUCCACGGACAUGGAGCUCGUUGAUGCGGAGGUAGCAGAGAUUAUUGCCACGGACUGCGUCCACAGAUUUGGAAUGGGCAUGCUGCGAGAUCCAAAAACAGCGUCGGUGAAGCUUAGAGGGAAGAUUGCAGAGGUGGAAGUACGCACAGUCAAGGCUUUGCCGGGGGAGAUUAUGCUAUACAGAGAUGAUCAUGCCAUGGCGUUCUCGGAGGCAGAUUACCCCGGGGACGUGGAUAGGAGCGGCACAUUAUUUUGCUUCUUGAUAGCUGCUGGGAGGGUGAGGGCGAAGUUGGCAUUGGGCCGGAUAUACGGACUUGUUUUGGCGCAGAAGCAGGACGACUUUGGGGGUACGAUAUUUCAGAGGGUGGGCAUGUUUCGAGAGACGUUCCGCCAUGGUAAAGAGUGGUGUGUGUUUGAUGGGAUAACAGACGUUGUAGACGUUAUACUGGUGUAG